UUAAUUUCUGCGAGCGAAGCCACAGGGAAAAGCUAGUCUAAGAUAAAUGCACAGUAAAAAAAAUUAAGGGGGUGUCUUAUUUGUCUAUUGUGUGAAGCGAAAUAAAGUUAUUGGUACAAUUACGACAUUAGGAGUGAUUAUCAUUUGGUUCUACAGAUAAUAUUCUUCUUGUACUUUUGUUCUAUGACAAUGUGCGUAAUUAAUACCUUAUAGAAAGAUAAUUCUGUUGAUAUUUUAACUCACGUUUUUAUUGACAAUUUUCCACGUUACAGAUGCUACUAACAAUAAGUACGUACAAAGUGUAAGUUAUUUUUUUGUUUUUAGUCAAUCUUUGUCUAUUAAUCAGUACUUAUCAAAAUAUUUGCUUGGCAUGAUAUUACUAUUUAAAUAAUAAAAGAGGUCUAAAAUAUCAACCUUAAAGGAAGCUAUUUCGAUACCAUGACCGAGCAAGUGGAUUAGAUACCAUGAUACUUAAUACUAUGUCGGUUGAAGUGACAGUAACCUAAUGAAACCUUAAAGUGAAUUUGUACACAACUCCUUCAGUUACACGUUACCUGCUACAAUAAUGUAAUGGUUAUACAUUAUAACAAAAAGUCUAUUAUUCUAAACUGUUUAAAAUAAAAAAGACAAGGAAAGAUAUUACCAUGGAUCUUUCUGAGAAAACUGCCUUAAUAAGUUCCGAAAGUAUUCGGAAAAGAACAGGAUUAUCCGUAGCUUAUGCUACAAUGUGUAUAGUGGAUGUUUUUGGCGUUUUUCCUUUAGUCGCUCUUCCUUAUGCAAUAAUAAAAUGCGGAUUCUUAGGAAUCCCCUUAAUCAUUUUGAUUUGUGGUCUUCAAAUAUACACUGCUAUCCUGUUAGGAAGGUGCUGGCUUCUAAUGGAAGACGUAGAUCCAUCCAUUCGUUCCAAAAGACGAUAUCCUUAUUCAGCUCUUGCUCAGGCAGCAUACGGAAAAACCGUUGCUGCCUUUAUAACAUUCUUAGUUAAUAUUGGAAUAUUUAGCGCUAGUAUCCCAAAUCUAAUCGUUGCUUCACAAAAUUUACAACUACUUGGCGAAAAUGUGGGCGGUGGAAGUGUCAAAAUAUCAUACUGCAGCUGGAUUAUAAUAGUAGGAGUAGCGAUUUGUCCUUUCCUGUGGCUGGGAAGUCCGAAGGAUAUCAAACACCUGAGUACGUUAUCUGGUAUCAUCGUUUUGUCCGUCUUCGGAUUAAUAUUGUUUAAUAUGCUAAUCGUUACGCAAGAAACCUCAGAUAAAAGACCUUUAUUUACCGAAAAUUUUUCCUUGUGGGAAAUAUUGCUCUCUGCUUAUGGGAUGUUAACGUUCCAAUUCGACAUCCAUCCGACUAUUUUAAAUAUACAUUUAGAUAUGAAAAAUAGAAAAAGUAUUGGCAAAGCACUUAUUGGAGCCUAUUCAGUUACAAUUGCCUUAUUUGGAAUUAUAGCAAUAGUUGCCACAAUUGUUCUUGGAGAUAAUUUACAACCAAGUAUUUUAGAGUCUCUCACUAUUACAAAUUCUCUACAUGUUGCAGCAUUUCUUGUAGCAAUUCAGUUAUGUACUUCUUCUGCUAUUUGUAAUAACUCUCUUUAUCAACAAAUAGAAGAAUCGUUAGGAAUAUCGAAAGGUAAAUACCCCAUCAUUAUUUUUAAUGUGAUUGUGUGACGAUGCAAUUUAAUUAUUAGGGAACCAAAUAAGUUCGUGCGGUUUUUCUUUACAACAGAGUGCUAUCCAUGAGUAUUGUUUAACUUUUUGAUCUACUUUAGGAUAAACCCUUCUUUCAUCGGAUACAUAGAUAUAUGUUGGAGGCAGAUGGCGACUUUGAUUCGUGGACGAAAUAACUGGACACAUUUCGGAAUGUGUCCAAAUCAUGUUAUCCUGAUUCCAAAUUGUAUCACUGUUUCGUCAUCUGGCAUGUCCAGUAUGGAUAUGGCGAUAUGUCCAAUAAUUUCCGCCGCGGACCGAAUUCGCCAUCUGCCUCCAACAUAUAUACAUUUGAGGUUUUUUAUUAUAUGAGUACAAACUUGGUACCAAAGUUGCUAUGGCGGCCCGAAAUGAUGAUAAGUGAUCGAACAGCACACAAGUGGUUCCAGAAAUUUUCUUUGUGAGAUCUCAGCUUUACCGAUGAAGCACGUUCUGAGAGAUCGAAGAUUAUUAACAAUAACGAGUUGUGAACUUGUUAAUUCCAUGACAAUGUGUUUAAAACUUGCAGAAAGGUUCAAUGUGAGUUAUGAAACCAUUCGUUUGCAUCUUCAUCAGCCACCAAAGACGUGAAAGUCAAGUAAAUGGGUUCCACGUGAAUUGUCAAAUGACAACGUAUUAAGUGGUCUUACUAUUCUCGAUAAAUAUUUCACGUAACGUCAACCUGCUUUCGAAAAGUGGUUAUUGUACUUAAAUUCGAAGUAUUCUUAUCAUUGGCUGGUGAUAGUGAUUUGGUUCCACACACUCCUAAAGUUUCCUUGCAUCCAAACAUGAUUUUAUUACGUGUUUGGUGGACAGCAACCGGAAUUAUCCAUUAUGAGUUUUUGGAAACGGAUCAAACCAUCAGUGCUAACUUGUAUUAUGAGCAGCUUUAACGAGUACAAGCAUCGCUCAACCAAAAACAGCAUUCUUUAAUCAAUCGAAAGAAAGUGACAUUCCUGCAGGAUAACGCCAGGCUGCGUACAGCAAGAGUGGCCCGGAAAAAAAAUUCUGAAUUUGAUUGAGAACUGUUAUCGCACCAUCUAUAUUCUCAUGAGAUUUCAUCAAGUGACUACCACCUUUUGUUUUGUUUCUUGACAACAAUAUGAGGCACAGAGAUGAUGGAGAUGAUGUAAUAAACGCAGUACAUUAAUUUUUUGAUUCAAAAUCCAUGGAGUUCUGCAUUACUGGCAUACAAAAAUUGGCGAACGGUUGUUGAAUGUGAUGGUAAUUGCUUCGAUGAAUAAUAGUGUGUAAUCGUUUCUUAAUAAAUAUUUAUAUUUUACCAUCAAAAACCGCAUGAACUUAUUUGGUUGCCUGAUAGUUCCUUGUAGAUUAAAAGCUAUGCUUUUAUUAAAUGUUAUCAUCAUAAUAAGGUCGUCAGUCCUAAGACUGGCUGGACACGUACCUCC